GCAAGUGGCCUUAACACAUGCAUUUCCUUCCAAAAAUGCAGACACAUUUGAAUUAAAUUUGUAAUUAACCUUUGGGGCGGGCAGGCCCCCUGGACUCGAUUUGCUUUUGGAAGACACCAGCAAGAUGGGAGUCAUGGCUGUGCUGAUGCUGCCCCUGCUACUGCUGGGAAUUAGCGGGCUCCUCUUCAUCUACCAGGAGGUGUCCAGGCUGUGGUCAAAGUCCACCGUGCAGAACAAAGUGGUGGUGAUUACUGAUGCCAUCUCAGGACUGGGCAAGGAGUGUGCUCAGGUGUUCCAUACGGGUGGGGCAAGACUGGUGCUGUGUGGGAAAAACUGGGAGAGGCUGGAGAACCUCUAUGAUGCCUUGAUCGGUGCUGCUGACCCCAGCAAGCAGACAUUCACCCCAAAGCUGGUCCUCCUGGAUCUCUCAGACAUCAGCUGUGUUCAAGAUGUGGCAAAAGAAGUCCUGGAUUGCUAUGGCUGUGUCGACAUCCUUGUCAACAAUGCCAGCAUGAAGAUGAAGGGGCCUGCCCAUAAGAUUUCUCUGGAAUUCGACAAAAAGAUAAUGGAUGCCAACUAUUUUGGGCCCAUCACCUUGACCAAAGUCCUGCUUCCCAACAUGAUCUCCAGGAGGACGGGCCAGAUUGUGUUAGUGAACAACAUCCAAGGAAAAUUUGGAAUCCCAUUCCGUACCGCUUAUGCAGCCUCCAAGCACGCUGCACUUGGCUUCUUUGACUGCCUCCGAGCAGAAGUGGAGGAAUAUGGCGUCGUGGUCAGCACUGUGAGCCCGACUUUCAUCCGCUCCUACCAUGUUUAUCCACAGCAGCGGAACUGGGAACCCUCCAUCUGGAAAUUCUUUUUCAGGAAGCUGGCCUACGGAGCGCACCCCGCGGAGGUGGCCGAGGAGGUGAUGCGCACCGUGCGGCGGAAGAAACAAGAGGUGUUCAUGGCCAACCCUGUCCCCAAGGCCGCUGUGUACAUCCGCACCUUCUUCCCUGAGUUCUUUUUUGCUGUGGUGGCUUGUGGGGUGAAGGACAAGCUCAAUGUCCCAGAGGAAGGUUAAUUCAGGAGGCCAGAUGUGUCACUCCAUGGGAAUAAAGGCUUUCCUGGCAUGUGCCGGUUCUCCUGUCUUCUCCCGCCGCUGUGGUCCCUCACAAGCCCUAGUUCCUAACCUUCCAGGGGUGCCCACCUCCUGGUGCCUCUGGGUGUCUCCCACUGAACAUCCCAGGACACACUUCCAGAAGCUUCCCCACUCUGUAGGGUGACAACUGAGCAGGAAAACAGG